AUUCUUAUUUCAGAAAAUAAGCUGUUUAGUCUUAUUUAUUAUAAGAAGUAGAAAAUGAAUAAGUGCACGAUCUGUGAGAAAGAAACUAAAAAUAAAUGUUCUAAUUGUUCACAAGCAUUUUAUUGCACUGCCGAACAUCAAAAACUUGAUUGGAAAAAUCACAAAAGUAAUUGCCAUCCAUUUAAGAUUGCACAAGAUGAAGAAAUUGGGCGAUAUCUAACCACAACACGUGACAUUAAACCAUUCGAAAUUAUAUUGCAAGAAGAACCUCUGGUACGGGGUCCUUCACAAAUCACUGCACCGGUAUGUUUGGGGUGUUUAAAUACAAUUGAUUCAAAUCAAUACAUAAAUUGUGAAAAAUGCAAUUGGCCGAUAUGUGAGGAGCAAUGUGGGAAUUGCUCAGAACAUAUAGCAGAAUGUGCUUUUUUUUCUCAAAGGGAAUACAAGGUGAACAUUAAGGAAUUUAUUAAUCCUCAUCCGCUGUAUCAGUGCGUUAGUAUCAUAAGGUGCUUACUACUAAGUGAAUCAAAUCCACAUAAUUGGAAUAAAUUUGAACAAUUAGAAUCAUUAGAAGAAAAACGUAGGGGAUCCAUGCAAUGGAAAGCAGAUGUAGACCACAUUGCCGCUUUUAUACCAAAAUUCUUUAAAACGACCAAAUAUUCUGAAGACCACAUUAUGAAGUGUGUAGGCAUUUUUCAAAUUAACGGGCAUGAAGUCCCAACAUCUGAUCCUCCACAUGUUGCUGUUUUUCAUAAAGCCUCAUAUCUUGAGCAUUCAUGUACUCCAAAUUUGGUAAAGACCUUCACAAAAAAGGGAAAGAUCAUUUUAUGGGCGUUAAAACCUAUCAAGAAAAAUACUCAUCUUAGUAUAUGCUAUACGGAUGCUGUAUGGAAUACUGCUGAGAGACAAAACCAUUUAAUGCAAACGAAGCUCUUUGUAUGCAAAUGUGAACGAUGUGUUGACGUAUCAGAGUUAAACACAAAUUACAAUGCAAUCAAAUGCGGAAAUGCUGAUUGUAAAGGCUUAGUGUUGCCAAGUGACCCAAAGUGUUUGGAUGCAGUUUGGAAUUGCAACAGGUGCAACCGCUCAGAAGAAAAAUUUAGUGUUAAUAGAAAAUUGGAGCAAGCUAAAGCGGACUUACAAGCAAUGGAUAAAACAGCAAAAAAUUGUUUGAGAUAUUUAAAUCACUAUCAGAAGUGGCUACCAUCAUUUCACUAUUAUAUGUGUGAAGUGAAAAUUCAUUUAGUUCAGCUCUUGGGAAAAGAUCCAAAAGAAUUGAUGGUAUUAUCCGAAGAACACCUCAAUAUGAAAAUAACAUAUUCAAAAGAACUUAUUAACCUAUAUGAAAUACUUGCUCCCUGUGAAGUAAGACUUCUUGGUACCUUAUGUUUUGAACUUCAUUCUGCUAUUGCUGAACAGACUAGACGGAUCUCCUCGCAAAUGAACACAACACCAAAAGCAUUAUUGGAAGAAUCCCUACAUUACGUUGAGAAAUGUGUAAAUUAUUUGCAGUAUGAAUCAAAUAUAUUUAUUGAAGGCCACAUAUUGCAACAGGCAAGAAUCAAUAGAGAUGCCUUAAAUAUGGUCUUAAAACUAUGAAAUGUUAAAUAUAAUAAAAAUGA